AUGCCUUGCGACACUUGCGUCAAACGUAACCUGGAGUCAAACUGUCAGUACGCUGUAAAUGCUGUACGAGGUAGGCCUCAUGUCUCUAGAGAACGCGCUCUCAAUGAUAGGCUGAAGCGCCUCGAGGAGUCGAUUCAGUCCCUUGUGAGGGAAGGCAAAGUGCCACAAACAGCAGAGCAAUCGAAAGAUUUUGGUACAGGAACUCAAAAUAUCGAUAAUAUCAAUAAAGCUAGUCCGACAGAAACCGAUGCUAUCGGAAAUAAAGUCCAGAAAGAGAUUCCCGGCACUCAUGACAGGCAGAGCCAAAGUGUUUAUGUUGAUCCCAUUCAUUGGAUCUCCAUCUUGGGUGAUAUCAAGGAAGUGCGGGAAACUUUGUGGACCGAGGAUGCUUUCUCGUUCAAUGAGUCGACGAAUGAUACUACAAGCCACACCGAAAUAAGCCUUGCAAUUGGCUCAGAAAAUUCAUCGAGUAUCGAUGACAUUCUGAUGGCAAUACCGGCGCGUUCGAUUUGCGACAUGCUGGUGUCACAUUAUUUUAACUCUCGGUAUAUGGUGCUAGGCAUCGUGCACUCGGGAAAGUUCCAAGAGGAGUAUGAUAGUUUUUGGAAAGAACCUCGCCAGACACCAGUACUGUGGAUAGCCCUUUUUCUCUCUAUUCUCAGCAUAUCUAUAAAUCUGCGCCGCAAAGUCCAACCCGAAACCAGCCUGAAUGAUUCAAUGCCCUCGCAUGAUACUCUAUAUGAAAAGACAGCGCAAUGUCUGAUACUCGGUGGCUACAAGACGGCAAAUACCUACGUGCUGGAGGCAUUAAUGCUGCAUCUUCAAAGCAGCUUUCUAAAAGAAAUGAGAAUCAAUACCAGACACUGGAUCGACAUGGGACUUGUCCUCAGAUUAGCCUUCCGGAUGGGCUACCACCGUGACCCAACUGCUUUACCAAGCGCGAUAUCACCAUUCGAAAGCGAAAUGCGUCGCCGAGUCUGGCUUCACAUAUUUCAGCUUGACACGUUGUUGAGCUUCCAAAUCGGUGUUCCAAGCAUGAUUCCUGCCGAAUGUUGUGACUCGCAGGUUCCUCGAAAUUUGUUUGAUGCUGAUAUGCACGUCAAAAUGCCGAGACUGCCCCCGUCUCGGCCAUAUUCGGACUAUACACCUGUGCUCUAUGCCAUCUCCAAAGCCGGGGUGAUGAGUAUAUUCAGAAAAAUCGUUGCACAUACAAUUUCACUUGCUCCAUUGUCCUAUAACGUGACUAUGACUUUGGAUUCCGAGAUGAGAGGAGCGUAUACAUUGGUUCCGGACUUCCUGAAACGAAGGAACAUUGACCAGUCCCUCAUGGACUCCUCAGAAGUCAUCUUGAAUCGAUGCACAAUUGAACUUCUGUAUCUGAAGGGAAUCGUCAUUCUGCACAGACGGUACAUCAGGCAUAAUCAGCACGAUGCCAAGUUCGAAUCCUCCCGCCGCUUUUGCGUAGAAGCCGCACUGGAAAUCCUUACUCGCCAAGCGGACAUGCAUCGAGCGUUCCAGCCCGGUGGCCGUCUCCAAGAAGAUCAGUGGAUGCUUUCAACGCUCACAAUAUAUGACUUUCUCCUUGCUGCAAUGGUGAUCUGUCUGGAUAUCUCUGUACGUUUAGAAUCACAAUCAACAUUCAGAGACGAGAGCGGAAGCAAUGAAUUUGUUUCUAGGGAGAUUGUGGCUUUGAGAACGGCACAGCAGAUUUGGGCCGUCAAUAGUCAUCAUUCGUCGGAGUCUCGGAUUGCGUCGCUUGCGCUAGAUCUGAUGACUAGAAAGGUCGCUGAGCGUCAAGCUACAUUCUCAUUUGGCGAUGAGAGUCGGUUAGUAGACCAUGCUCCUGAGGUCAACUUGGAGCUGCUGUACAUGGAACCGAUAUCGGAGAUGAUUGAUGGAACGGAGACACUGGACUGGAUCAUAUUAGACCAGUAUUUCCAAAAUCCUGGCUUUGAUGCAACCCAGCUGGACUCAGGCGAUAAUAUGGCAACUUUAUUUCCAGAUAUUUCUGAAAACACUGACUUCCUAGCUGAUAAUUAG